AUGGCGCCGGCGGGUUUAGGCGCCAGACGAGGAUGGAUAGGUGUGUGGGUACCGGAGGGCGGGUGGGGAGAACAGACUGGGGGGGCUGGGGAGGUGCUUGAGCUUAACUGGCUAAACCGGGCUGCUAGGGUGGGCCCCGGGCCUUCCCAGUCGAGGCUGGCCCCGGCCCCACGGCCUCGGGGGCCUCGCGUCGCUCUUCUAAGCCAAAGUUCUCCGCUUCUCGGGCCUCGGGAGCAGGCCGGGGGAAAUACGUUAGAGGAGGGAAUUCGCAGCUGUUGCUGGGAACGGGCUCAUCACAGAGGGGGAGCGCUCUUCCAUCGCCGCGCAACCACCCCGGACGGGGAGGAGGCUGGGCGGCGGGCCAAGCCUGCGGCUUGGCGGUCCUGGGGGGGGGGCGCCCAUCCCCGGGGAGGCACCGGGCUGGACAGCGCGGGGGACGGGCCGCCGCCGCCCGCCGCUCGCUGCCCGUUAGCGCGGCUUCCCGAGCCAGAACGCCCGAGGAUAGCCCUGGGUCAGCUGGGAGCGUGUCCGCUGGGGUCUCCAUGGCGAUGCUCCUCUGGCUCCCAGCACGCCCGCUUCGGUUGGCAUGGAAGCCGCUACCUCGAGGGCCGGUGCGCCUUCGAUUGGCCCGAUUCAACAGACGCGGGUGGCUUGAAAGUAAUUAGUGCUCAGCCCUCCCGGCAGCUUCUGCAAGGAGCUGGAGCUGAGCGCCCCGGCUGGAAUCUAUUAACUCUCCCCGCCCCUUCCCUCCCCUCCCCCACCCCACUCCCCCAACUCCACCCGCAGCCCCUCUGGCCCCAAUCCUGGAGCGCACUCGUUAAUUGGAAGGUCUAUAUAUACAGGCGGGACCAGGGAGCGCUGCGGGUUCCAAGCUGGUUUGGGCAUCGCCUGUCUGGUCGGUGGGCGGAGGGCCGAAGAGCAGCGCCUCUCCGGUGUCCAAGGAAAGGACGUGACCUUCACUUUUGGCCUGGGGAGACUGAAGCAAUGCGUCGCAGCAUCUCCAGGGGCAGGAUUCCUCUGGCCCCCACAGCCCGAAGUCAGGAAAUCUGUCAGGUGGUUGCCAGAGCCCACCCUGUCCAGGACCCCCCUCAAAGAACUGUACUAGGCCUGCUAACUGAAAAUGGGCAGUACAGGAGGACACGUGGCCAGGGAAUCACAACCAUCAGGUGCUUCUCUGGAUCAGAAAAUGCUUUCCCUCCAGCUGGAAAGAAGCUAAUUUCUAACUGUAUGGUCCAUGUGCCAGCCAAACAAGACUUUGAUAUCUAUGUAGAUGAACCAGAACAUGGAGAGACAUGUAGCUGUAGCUGCACUGUUAGAGAAGAGAUCGCGUACGAAGAUGUGUAUGAAGUGGAUACCAGCAUCCUGAAAUCAGGCCUCCACUUCCUGUUGGAUUUUAGCACAGUUUCUCCUAUGUUGGUGGACACAUCUCUGCAAUCACAGUUUGAGGAUCAUUUAGAUAUUGAUACAGAUGUAAUAAAUGUGACUGAAUAUGCUGAAGAAAUUCAUCAAUACCUUAGAGAAGCUGAAAUGAAAUACAGACCAAAGGCCCACUACAUGCGGAAGCAGCCUGAUAUCACAGAAGGAAUGCGUACCAUUUUAGUGGAUUGGCUGGUAGAGGUUGGGGAAGAAUACAAACUUCGAGCUGAAACUCUGUACCUGGCUGUCAAUCUCUUGGACAGGUUUCUUUCGUGCAUGUCUGUUCUCAGAGGGAAAUUGCAGCUUGUAGGAACAGCAGCCAUUCUGUUGGCUUCGAAAUAUGAGGAGAUUUAUCCACCAGAGAUUGAUGAAUUUGUCUACAUAACUGAUGAUACUUACACAAAACAGCAGCUUUUAAGAAUGGAGCACCUGCUCCUGAAAGUGCUGGCUUUUGACCUGACGGUGCCCACUACCAACCAGUUCCUUCUUCAGUACUUACAGAAGCAAGGAGUCUGUCAAAGAACUGAGACCCUGGCCAAGUAUGUUGCAGAACUAAGCCUCCUUGAAGCUGACCCAUUCUUGAAAUAUGUUCCUUCACUUAUUGCUGCAGCUGCUUAUUGUCUGGCAAACUACACUGUGAACCGGCACUUCUGGCCAGAAACCCUGGCUGCCUUCACUGGGUAUUCAUUAAGCGAAAUAGUGCCUUGCCUGAGUGAGUUGCACAGAGCAUGCCUUGAUAUCCCCCAUCGACCUCAACAAGCAAUUAGGGAAAAGUAUAAGGCAUCAAAGUACCUGCAUGUCUCCCUUAUGGAACCACCUGCAAUUCUGCCUCUGAAAUAAAAUUCCGGAAAUAAGCACUUAAUCUCAAGAUCAACAGCGUUGAUUUUUGUAUUUUUAUAGGGCACUGCAGGUCAGGUCAGCAAGUGUUGCUAAACAUAGCUGACACUUUUUAAA